GGGUUCUCUUCCGCCAUACUAAUAGAGGUGAAAGGUUACUUCCUGUCUGUAGUCAAGAUGGCAGCGGUCUCCCUGUAGGAUCCGGCCGGUGGUCUCGGAUAAGAAGAAGGAUUGGGGCUGCCGGGUUGUCAGCGGGAAAGAGUCCUUCAUAGAGCUGUACCAGGAAUCCAUAUACUUGCAGCAAUGGCCGCCAUAGUAAUGAAGAGAGAAGGACCACAGUUCAUCAGUGAAUCUGCAGUUCGAGGGAACGCCGCUGUCCUAGAUUACUGCAGGACAUCCGUCUCGGCCCUGUCUGGGGCCACAGCUGGGAUCCUUGGAUUGACGGCCUUGUACGGUUUCGUUUUUUAUUUCCUUGCCUCGUUCCUUCUCUCCCUGCUCCUGGUAUUAAAGUCCGGACGACGAUGGAAUAAAUAUUUCAAAUCACGGAGGCCGCUGCUCACUGGCGGGCUUGUUGGCGGCUUGUUUACCUACGUCCUGUUCUGGACCUUCCUGUAUGGCAUGGUGCAUGUAUACUGAGAUACCGCCUUCCACAAACACUCUUUUUUUAAUGGAAAUCGUGGACUCCCGCCCAAUGAUUCAUCAACUAGUCAGGUUUAGUUUUUAAAUUAAUAAAGUUAUUGCUUGGCUCAUAGUAACUUAAAAAUAAUGUUUUCCUUAAUUAAACCCUUCCAUAUCCCUUGUAUUUUGUUAAAGUGUAAAUGAUUCACAAGAAUACUAUAAAUGAAAGUCUAUGAAACAUGCAGUAGUUUGUUUAUCAGAACACAGACUUUUAUUCUUACUUCAUUGCCAUUCUCCUCAUUGCUGAGUAAAAGAAAUAUGCUGCUAUUUA